CUACAAAGCUAAAUUACGUUCAAUAAGCUUAAGUAAAUCAGUGCUUCAAAAAUCAAGGGCAAAGGCCUUUAAGCUCGUUGAAAAAGCAGAUCGCUCAUUUAAACGUAAAGAAAUUAUUUUGUUUUUCGAGGAAUUAGACACACGGGUUAAUACGGAUACCACAAAUAAUCUCGCAAAUGCUAAAGGAAUUUUGCUUGAGUCAAAACUGAGGGUCCAUGCAUAUAAUAAUAUUAUCGAUCUCGAAUCUGGUGAAGAUCCGGUGACAAGCAGGAAAAGGAAACAUAAUGAGGAAGGAAAUGGUUCAAAAACACUGCCAUUUAGAUCUCCUCCGAACGAAAAUUCCCUUCUUGACACUCCGAAUAAACGUCAGGUGUCUGACGAAAAAGUUAUCCA